AGCUGCGAUCGAACAGCACUUACCGCGUGCACGCGUCACACCAAUAUACACGCGAUCGCCCUCCACAACCAACGACGAUCCGAUCGAUCAAUCAACUUCAGCGCUUCUCGAACCGGCUCCGACUCCAGUUCCAGCAAUACCUUGGGUACAGGUCUAUAAACGAGUCGCGUUACGAUAGCAAAUCUAAAACAAACAAUCGAGUGUUUCGAGUGUUUACAAAUAUGGCCAAUUCGAAGGCAAGUACUGCUCGAGCGCCCGUGUGCGCGGUGGGUAGGCGACCUUGAAAACGCGAAACGCGUCAGAAUAGUUGUGGGCGCCGGCUGCUGCCAACGUGCGGAUGCAGCAACUCUGUUGUAGUGGUGUUCUAAGCUGCACAGGUGAGCCAAACAGGAUUGACUGUUAAACUGUGCCAACUCUCUGUGUUUACAAUUGCGCGCCGCUGGCGUCGCUGAUCAGUCGCGUCGAACUACUUUGCCCUCGAGUUCUUCUAAUCAAAGAGGUUCAUUAACUAACGAGCUAAAAACGAAUAUUGCGUCGCGCGCUGCAUAUUUACCUGAGAUGAAUUUUGAAACGUCGGAAUCGACAGAGACGAUUUGAAUUUUUUUUGGGACAUGUUGCCAUUGCAAACGAGCGUCGUGGUGAAUUGUACUCCGGGGGAGUAUAACAGUCAACGGCAGAAGUGAGUUAGUGCACACAGGUGAAUUGAAUUGAAUUGGAUAAGAUAAGAUAAGAUGCUCCGCUAUCAGUGGCCGCGGGUUCUGCUGCUCGAUUGGGGUAUAAUGCAACCGGCGAUGUGGAAUCGCUUACUUCGACAGUGGAAAGCGAGAGGUGCCAUACGGAAAACGGCGGCAUCCGGGCCAGAAACUGGAUUGCGAAAACUAAGUGCGUUUUACACAUGUGCUAAGCAGUGAUUCACCGUGCCUCCAAUCAUCCGAAGUAAUUAGAAUCCUAGAAACGGAUCGUUGAAUGGCGAUUGUUAAAUGAUGAUUGUGUAAAUUUAUGAAAGCAGAAACAAUAAAAAGAAGAAACAUGAAAAUCCUUUGUGGAGUGAUAGUUGCAGCAAUUUGUCUUGGAUUAAUAGUAGCUGCGGAAGACGAUCAGAGCAAAACGGCUCCCAACGACAAAAAGGAGAACGCCACAAACGCUACCUCAGAUGAUGUCAAACCCGCCAAAGAUGCUGCGUCUGCCAACGACAAAAACAAGACCGAACCAAACAAGCUAUGCGGCACGUGCAACUGUGACGCCGCUAAGCGAACCUUUGACUGCUCGGCGAUGAAGCUGUACAAACUGUUCAAUAUGAGCGAGUGGGCAACGCUCAAUGAGAGCGGAGUGGCAACGGAAGUAAUGCUGCUAGACCACAACGGGAUCCCCGAGGUGUUGCCCUUCCCCAAUCUGGACGUGAAAGUGCUGGAUUUGAGUCACAACAACAUUUCACGCAUCGCCAAGAAGGCCUUCUUCGCGUUGAAACAGCUGGAAGUGUUGGAUCUAUCGCACAAUAUGCUCACAACGAAGACACUGGACCCGGUCGUAUUCGAGGGCCGAUACGACCCGGAUGAAUUCCUGCCGCUGGAGAAGCUGAGAGUGCUCCGGCUCAGUUACAAUCAGCUUCACUCACUGGAUCAGGAUUUGUUCGAACAUAUGCCUAACCUGGAAAAGCUGAGCUUGAUGGGGAACGUUUUCAAGGUGAUCGAUCAGUUAACAGAGACGGCCAUCGGUAGUGUGAGGACGUUACGCUCUUUGGACCUGAGUUACAUGGAGUUGGAAGAUCUGCCGGUAUAUGUUUUCAAUGCGCCGCAAGGACUGCAGCACCUGAAUUUGACCGGUAAUUUACUUAUCUCGGUGCCGGAGGCACUUCGCUAUGCGAGUAAUUUGAAGUGGCUCAGUUUGGACGAGAACCCAAUCAGCUCGAUCCAAGGGGAGAAUGUUUUUCCCGCAUUGAAAUCCCUGGAAUUUCUCAGCCUUUCGUACAUAACGCCCUUAAAGGUAAUCGGACGUGGUGCAUUCGGAAAACUGGAGAACCUUCGAGAAAUCCACAUCUGCAAUAAUCCAGAGUUUUCGUUCCUCCAAGCCGAUGCAUUCGUGCGAUAUGACGCAGAGGUACCAACAACCAAGCUUUGGCCGCGAGUUAAGCGACUGUAUCUGCACAAUAACAACCUGAGUGCGCUGGAUCCCCAGCUGCUGGCACGAUGGGACGACAUGGAGCUCAUCGAUAUCCGUAACAACCCGUGGAGCUGUGAUUGCGACAAUCAGUGGUUCAUCGGGACGCUACUGCCCAUCAUCGAGAAGACGACGCCCAAAAUAAUGAACAAUAUAAUCUGCGCCUCCCCCAAGCAAAUGGCCGGUUCGUCGCUGGUCGAGCUGGAACACAAACACGCCCAGAUGCGCUGCCAGGACAAAUUCGGCAACAAUCCCCAGAACGAUGGCGCACUCCUAGUCGGGCUGCUCGUAGGCAUCCUCACCGGAAUCCCACUCACUGCGGCCCUCAUCCUAAUCUACAAACGAGGCUGCUUCGGACUGGUUCGCCGAGGACCAGCAGACUACACGCGGGCUUUCUAUAGCCGGGCCACCACUGUCAAUGAUGAUUUCUAGUGCAUUACGACGCACAUAACAACUUUUGUUUCCCUUCGAAUAGUUACCUCCGUUUUUUAAGGCAGCCCGGCUGAUGUGUUAAAGAAAUAUGUUAAGAUUAUCACAUUAUAUGUAACAGGGAGCAUUUCUCUAGAAUUACUAAGAAUUCAAUACCAAGUUGCUUGGCUAGUGUU